AAGCGCCCCGGGACCCCUGGGUUCCCCUCUUUCUCCUUUGGUUUCGCCCGGGGGUGGUCCCCGCUACCUCACGCUUCCGGUGGGUUCCGCCUGGCCUCUCGCGAAGUCGCGUCCAGGCGCCAGUACUCGUCCCCGUAAGGUUGUCCGCUCGUGCCUUGGCUUGUGUCCUCGGCUACCCCUGGGCCUGCGCACCGCUCCUCCAGGAGCCUGCACCUCAGCCCCGAUGCCAGGGCGGCCGGGGUGACCUCGGGCUCCCCCGUCUCGGGCUUGCACACCCCUGCGGCGCAGAGCCAACUCCAGCUUGUCUAGCCCGGUCCUCCCUCCCUGCAGAUGGAACUGUUUUCCCGCGUUGAGACGUGCGGUCCGCUUGUGCUUUUAGAACUAGUAAGACUGCUGCAGAGUCCGGAGGAAGAAGUCACCUAGAAAAGUCUGGGACAGGGCAGUAAGCUUCCUUCUUAAUGUUUGACCUUUGGGGGCCGAUGUGUGAUACCUCGGAUUUGAAUCAAGAAUCUCCAAGCCCAUUUUCCGCAUGCAUGUAAACGUGAUGUACCGGGAUGGGGGCUGGUGGUGGAGGAGGAGCCAGCCUGACGGAUAUGCUUUUCCAGUGGCAGGGACUUGUGUUAAUUUCUUUUUUCUUUUUUUUUCUUUUUUCCGAGACGGAGUCUCACUCUGUCGCCCAGGCGGGAGUGCAGUGGCGCGAUCUCGGCUCACUGCAACCUCUGCUUCCUGAGUUCAAGCAAUUCUCCUGCCUCAGCCUCCCAAGUAGCUGGGAAUACAGGUGUGCGCCACCACGCCCGGCUAAUUUUUGCAUUUUUAGUAGAGACGGGGUUUCACUGUGUUGGCCAGGCUGGUCUCGAACUCCUGACCUCGUGAUUCGCCCGCCUCAGCCUCCCAAAGUGCUGGGAUUACAGGCGUGAGCCACUGCGCCCGGCCAACUUGUGUUAAUUUCUUAAACUUGCGUGAUCACCUGGUGUACUUGUUGAAAAGUACAGCUCCCUGGCGUGGCAGGAUCAGAAUCUGCCGAGGUGGACCGUGGGAAUCUGUUAUUUUUAAACAAGUGUCCCAGGUGGUUCUUUUGCUGAGGCAAGUGUGGGAAAUGUUGUGUGAACCCACGCUCAUCCAGUCUUCCUUGUGACCGGCAGUCUUGUGCGCAACGCUGCAGCCAUACAGAGGGACAACUCGAAGUUAGAACUAGCACCUUGGUCUUGUUGGAGUAAGCAGAUCUGAGUAGAGCCAGCUGCAGUCUUAUGGUUGUUUAGCAGAAGUUAUUCUUCUUAGCAGAGAAUAUUAUACGGUCAUUUUCCAGAACUGUAAAAACUCUAUCAUUUGUUUUAAACCAGAUGAUGUGCUUCAUUUCUGUCUUUGACGUCUUCGGUUUCUUCUCCCCUGGCUUUACCUCCUUUGUCAUGAGUUUGUGCUUUGGUUUUGCUGCCAACCUUAUAGGCUUAGGUUUGGCGGCAAAGGCACUAGACUCUGGUGCCUUCUUUUCCUUCGUUGUCUUAAGCCCUUCUUUUCCUCUGCCCUCAUGCCCUCACCACUUCAUUCUUUUGAAGGUCAUAAUGAACACAAGGUCAGAGAUCCCUUUUUUGGCGCCAAGCACCCUGGGCUUUUUUGAGAUGGAGUCUCACUGUGUCGCCCAGGCAGUGGCGCGACUCUGCCCACUGCAGCCUCCAUCUCCCUGGUUGAAGCAAUUUUCCUGUCUCAGCCUCCUGAGUAGCUGGGACUACAAGUGCAAGCCACGACACCUGGCUAAUUUUUCUGUUUUUAGUAGAGGCGGGGUUUCACCAUGCUGAUCAGGCUGGUCUCAAACUCCUGACCUCAAAUGAUCCACCCACCUUGGUCUCCCAAAGUGCUAGGAUUACAGGUGUGAGCCCCUGCGCCUGGCCUUGUUUUGUUUUGUUUUGUUUUGUUUUGUUUAAGACAGAGUCUCACUGUGUCACCCAGGCAGGAGUGCAGUAGCAUAAUCUCGGCUCACUGCAACCUCUGUCUCCCAGGCUCAAGCGAUCCUCCUACCUCAGGAGUUCAGGACCAGCCUGGGCAACAUAGUGAGCCCAUCUCUACAAAAAAAAAUUUUUUUUUAAAUUAAUAAAACACAAGAUUGGCCUGUGUGGUGAGACAGUAUUGAAUCCAACAAACGGGAACUGGUUAGUGAGGCCCAAGAUGCAAUGGUGGCCGCACCAUGAGUACCUGGGACCACAGGUGCGUGCCACCACGCCCAGCUAAUUUUUUGUAUUUUUGGUAGAGACGGGGUUUCACCAUGUUUGCCAGGCUGGUCUCCAACUUCCGACCUCAAAUGAUCUACCCGCCUCGGCCUCCCAAAGUGCUGAGAUUACAGGCGUGAAACAUGGCGCCCGGCCUAAAGUUUUUUUUUAAUUCCACCUUAAAACUCAUCUGUUACUGUGUUUGUUCUGCCACCUUUGCAAUUCCCUUUUUCUGUUAGGGGAAUGUGCUUAAUGGUUCAGUCCUCACAGCUGUCCUUUCCUUACCAUCUGCUUUUAUUUGAAAGGUAGCGUGGAGUCAUGAUUAAAUAGCAGGCCACUAAUGCCAAAUUGGCAGGGUUCUGCUACUCAACAGUUUGGUAGGACCUUGGGUGAGUCACUUCCACUUAUCUGUGCCUGUUUCCUCAAGUGUGGAAUAGAAAUGCUAGUAUCUACCUCAUAAGGUUGUGAGGAUUAAAUUAGUUAUAUACAUAGGCAGUAUCUGGUGCAUUGUAACUACUUAUAAAAAUAUUAGCUUUAAAAAUUAUUGGCCGGUCACUGUGGCUCAUGCCUGUAAUCCCAGCACUUUGGGAGGCCAAGGUGGGUGGAUCACCUGAGGUCAGGAGUUCGAGACCAGCCUGGCCAACAUGGUGAAACUCCAUCUCUACUAAAAAUACAAAAAAUUAGUCGGGCACAGUGGUGUGCGCCUGUAAUCCCAGCUACUUGGGAGGCUGAGGCAGGAGAAACACUUGAACCUGGGAAGCAGAGGUUGCAGUGAGCUGAGAUCACGCCUCUGCACUUCAGCCAGGGUGACAGAGUGAGACUCUGUUUCACAAUAAAUACAAAUAAAAAUAAUUCUCUCAGGUAUUUAGGUAUCUCCUCAAAUCUGGGGGGCCUACCUUUGAUUCUUUACUCCCAUUUCUUUGUUCUCUGUUCUCAUUCAUGCAUCAACAUAUAUUUCCUAGGUACCUAUGCUGAACGCUGGGAAAACUGAGCAAUUUAUAAGGUUUCUGCUCUUAGUUCCAUUAUAAUAGGGAAAUAAUAGGCCGGGUGUGGUGGCUCAGCCUGUAAUUCCAGCACUUUGGGAGGCCAAGGUGGGCAGAUCACUUGAGGUCAGGAGCUCGAGACCAUCCUGGGCAACGUAGUGAGACCUCACCUCUACAAAUAUUCAUAAUUUUAAAAUUAGCUGAGUGUGAUGGUACACAUCUGUGGUCCCAGCUACUCUGGAGGCUGAGGUGGGAGGAUCGCUUGAGUCUGGGUGGUUGAGACUGCAGUGAGCCAUGAUCAUGCCGCUGUACUCCAGCCUGCGUGACAGACCUCGUCUCAAAAAAUAAUAAAAAAUAACUACCACUUACUGAGUGCUUCUUAGGUGCUUGUACCAUGUUCUUCCUGCCUUGUCUGAUUUAGUCUUUGCAGCAACCAUGUGAGGUAGGUGUUUCUAGCCCGUGUUACAGAUGAGGAGCUCAAAGCCUAGAGAUUUAGUAACUUGCUGAUAGUCAUACAGCUAGUGAGAGGUGGGGAUAUUUUCAAACCCAGAACUGUCCGCCCCCAAAGCCUGGAUUCCCUGCCAUGCUGGCGUGUUGCUUCUCUGAUUGGCAAACAGACCAUUGUGCAGUGUGGUAAGUUCUGUGCUGGGAGAAGUGUAGUGUGUUAUAGGAGAACAUAGAAGAGCCACCUAACCAAGUGUUGGAGAAGGAGGAGGAGAGUGUCAGAUAAGAUGUCAAAGAGGGGGCUGGGCACGGUGGCUCAUACCUGUAAUCCCAGCACUUCGGAAGGCCAAGGCAGGCGGAUCACAAGGUCGGGAGAUUGAGACCAUCCUGGCUAACAUGGUGAAACCCCGUCUCUCCUAAAAAUUAAAAAAAAAAAUUAGCCAGGCAUGGUGGCGGGUGCCUGUAGUCCCAGCUACUCAGCAGGCUGAGGCAGGAGAAUGGCAUCAAUCCAGGAGGCAGAGCUUGCAGUGAGCUGAGAUCGCACCACUGCACUCCAGCCUGGGCGACAGAGCGAGACUUCAUCUCAAAAAAAAUAAAUAAAUAAGAUGUCAAAGAGGCUGUGACCUGAGGAGAUUACCUGUAUUUGGGGGAGGGGUGGCAGGAACCUGCCAGGAGGGAACAGCAUGCACAGAACCUGGAGCCGAAUAGAACAUUCACGCCUCACCUGAUAUGUUUGACGAAUUACAGGUUGUUCAGUCUGGCUUGGUCAGAGUGUGAGGAAAGGAGAAAUGAGACCACAGAUAAGAACCAUACUGUGAAGGAUCUUGCACUUGAUAUGAAAAGACUUUUGCCUUUUUCCUGAGGGCAUCAGAAAGUCAUUAAGGUGGGUGUGGUGGCUUACGCCUGUAAUCCCAGCACUUUGGGAGGCCAAGGCCAGUGGAUCACCCGAGGUCAGGAGUUCAAAACCAGCCUAAUCAACAUGGCGAAACCCUGUCUCUACUAAAAAUACAAAAAGUAGCUGGGCAUGGUGGCGCGUGCUUGUAGUGCCUGCUGUUCAGGAGGCCGAGGCAGGAGAAUUGCUUGAAUCUGGAAUGUAGAGGUUGCAGUGAGCCGAGAUCACACCGCUGCACUCCCAACUGGGCGACAGAGCGAGACUCCGUCUCAAAAAAAAAAAAAUUGCUGAGGAAAAGGAGCAAAAACGGAGGGAAACAUUGCAGGUACAUGAAAGAGAGACAGCAGUUGAUGGAGCUAGGGUCAAGAGAAGAGAGGAGGAAGUGGGAUCCAGGGCCCUUGGGGGAGAUUAACUUUCCAGUGGAUAAAAGAAGGAAGGAAGAGAUGGUUGCAGAUGCAAGCGGGUCUACAGGAAGGGUUUCAGGGAAUGAGAUGAGCCAGGUUAUCUGCUUAGAAUGAGGGAAGAAAGGAGGUGAAGUUGAAGGUUGAGAGAGGAAUAGCUGGGCUCUGAACCUGAAUACAGACAGAGGUCUGCCUGUGGCUUAACAUGUGCUAGCCUACGCCACCAAGGAGCAGGACAGUUUUCAAGUAUAACCGAGUGGUCACGGGUCAGAAGCCAGGAGGUUGACAGUGAGGUCAAUGGGACGGGGCUGGCCAUUUGGCAGCAGCAGUUCCCCAGGAGAGCUGUGUUGCCAUUGGGACAGAGGGUGGAGAGAAUGUCAGCAAAGGGGUGGGUGUUUACCUUUGGGAAAGGUAUUCUAGAGGGUGCAGUAGAGGGGCUUGAAGGAGAGGAAAGCAAAGAGAGCUUGGGCCACGGGAAAUAAAUUGGUCACGUGGAGAUGAGAUUAUGGAAAGACUAGCCGGGUAGAGAAGCUUCUGUUUUGAGAUGGUGCUUAACAGGGACCAGGGAUGAGAGGCAUGGUGGCAACCACAGGGUGGCCAAGACAAUUUGUCUCCAGUUGGAUGGGAUGUCUGCCUGGACACAGUCUGUGCUUGCAUUGGUUGCAGUUCUGAUGGAUGGACAUAGAUACCUUGGCCUUGGACAAUUUGGGCUGACUGUGGAGCAUCUGUGGGUCCUGUGGCUGGCAGUGGAGGCGUUUGAGUUCCUGAGAUCUAGCUGGUGAGAGACAUGAUGUUUUACUGGUUGCUGUCGAUUGUUGGAAGACAAAGAGCCAGCCCAGGAUGGCAGAACUGGUCCUCUGCAAGAAACAGCACGUCAGCUGCCGAGGCGCGUUCCAUGGCCCUGCCCACCCAGGCACAGGUGGUCAUCUGUGGAGGUGGAAUCACGGGCACUUCUGUGGCCUAUCACCUCUCCAAAAUGGGGUGGAAGGAUACUGUCCUUUUGGAGCAGGGCAGGCUGGCUGCUGGCUCUACCAGGUUCUGUGCUGGCAUCCUGAGCACUGCCAGGCACUUGACCAUUGAGCAGAAGAUGGCAGACUACUCAAACAAACCCUACCAUCAGUUAGAGCAAGAAUCAGGGAUCCAAACAGGUUACACAAGGACAGGCUCAAUCUUUCUGGCCCAAACUCAGGACCGUCUGAUCUCCCUGAAGCGCAUCAACGCAGGGCUGAACGUUAUAGGUAUCCCUUCUGAGAUCAUCUCCCCCAAGAAAGUGGCCGAGCUUCACCAUCUCCUCAACAUGCACGACCUGGUGGGGGCCAUGCAUGUUCCCGAGGAUGCAGUGGUGUCUUCCGCUGACGUGGCUCUUGCCCUGGCAAGUGCUGCCUCCCAAAAUGGUGUUCAGAUCUAUGACCGGACAUCUGUUCUUCAUGAUGGUCAAAAAAGUCAAGUUACUGGAGUGGGGACUGAUAAAGGACAGAUUGAAUGCCAGUAUUUUGUCAACUGUGCUGGCCAGCUAUUGUGGAUGCUGAUGGAAGAAUUUAUAUUCGGAACUGGCAGGGUGGCAUCCUGUCUGGGGGCUUUGAGAAGAACCCGAAACCAGUUUUCACUGAGGGCAAGAACCAGCUGGAGAUUCAGAAUCUACAGGGGACUGGGAUCACUUUGGUACCUUGCCGAAUGGAUGGUACAUGGUUAUCCCUCAGAAAACGUUUGGGAAUUGGACCUGAAACGUUUUGGAGCCCUCCAGAGCAGCCGCACCUUUCUGCGCCACCGGGUCAUGGAAGUCAUGCCUUUGAUGUAUGAUCUGAAGGUUCCCCGCUGGGACUUCCAGACCGGUAGGCAGUUACGCACCUCUCCUCUCUACGACCGGCUGGAUGCACAGGGAGCCAGGUGGAUGGAGAAACAUGGAUUUGAGAGGCCAAAGUACUUUGUUCCCCCUGACAAGGACCUCCUGGCAUUGGAGCAGAGCAAGACUUUCUAUAAGCCAGAUUGGUUUGACAUCGUGGAGUCUGAAGUCAAGUGCUGUAAGGAAGCUGUGUGUGUCAUUGACAUGUCCUCUUUCACAAAGUUUGAGAUAACAUCCACUGGGGAUCAGGCAUUAGAAGUUCUACAGUACCUCUUCUCCAAUGACCUGGAUGUGCCUGUGGGCCACAUUGUGCAUACUGGCAUGCUCAACGAGGGUGGAGGAUAUGAAAAUGACUGCAGCAUAGCGCGACUGAACAAGCGCAGUUUCUUCAUGAUCUCUCCAACCGACCAGCAGGUCCACUGCUGGGCCUGGCUUAAGAAACACAUGCCGAAAGACAGCAACCUGCUCCUGGAGGACGUCACCUGGAAGUACACAGCCCUCAAUCUGAUUGGCCCUCGAGCUGCGGAUGUGCUGUCUGAGUUGUCCUAUGCCCCUAUGACUCCAGACCACUUCCCAAGCCUCUUUUGCAAGGAGAUGAGCGUGGGCUAUGCAAAUGGGAUCUGGGUGAUGAGCAUGACGCACACAGGAGAGCCAGGAUUCAUGCUCUACAUCCCCAUAGAGCUAGCAAGGAACUGAGGCCCUUAGGCCCACAGCCCAUGAGGAACUGAAUCCUGCCAACAGCCAUGUGAGCUUGGAACUGGAUCCUUCUGUUGCUGAGCUGGAGGUGACUACAGCCCAGCGGACACCCCACCUGCAGCCGGUGAGCAACUCAAAGCAGAGACCGAGGUGAGCCGGGCCUGGACCCCUGAGCCAAGGAAACUGUGAGAUAACAAAUGUGUGUUGUAAGCAGCUGACUGUUACGGUAAUUUUCUAGGCAGCCAUAGGUAACCAGUACACCAUGCUAGGUCAGAUUAAACAUCCUCAGAUUAGCAUCCCUUCCAUUCCCUGGUUCCUGAAUGUGGCCAUGAUUUUUAAUGCAUGAAAGAGCCAUGGCAGGGAGAUUAUCUGUAGAUCAAUAAAAUCAUACUAACCAGGAACACAGGCUGAUUGCCCUUCUUCCUCUUCUUGGGGAAAGAGAAUACUGGGAAGUGGGAUUAAUUUUAAUCCCUCCCCAAGACCCCAGUUUCCAGCCUGAUAUCAUUUGCCCAGCAGUGCCAGUGGUCCCAGGCCCUCAGGUCUGGCCCAGUCUGCGACUGCGGCUCUCUGCCUUGAGAUGUCAUUAGUUCUUGUCUGGGCCUUCAGCCAAACAUAGUUGGCAAGAGUCAUGUCCAGUCUCUCAAGGACAAUUUUGGGGCCGUUUCCUGUGUAAUUAUAGGGUGAGCAGCAGGGUAGAUGGUGCUAUUACAGCAGCAAAUUAGCCUGAAAGGUGGCCUCUGCAGCUCUAGGACUCCCACGGAGGCUGGCUUAGGACACAGCUCUCGCCUCUGUGAUGGCCUCCCCAUAAGUAUCUGGGGUCUGGUGGGCUGUGGGUGCAGAAGCAUUGUUUCUUCUGGGAGGGUAUCCAUUUCACCCCCAAACCUUUGGAUUUUAUUUUGUGUUAUUUAUUUAUUUUUGAGACAGGGUCUUGCUCUGUUGCCCAGGCUGGAGUGCAGUGGUGCGAUCUAUCUAGGCUCACUGCAGCCUCAAACUCCUGGGCUCAAGCAGUCCUCCCACCUCAGCCUUCCGAGUAGCUGGGACUAUACGCACAUGCCACCAUGCCUGGCAAAUUUUGUCUUGUUUUUUUGAGACAGGGUCUCACUUUGUCACCCAGGCUGGAGUGUACACGGCUAAUGAAAUUUUUUUUUUUUUUUUUUUUUUUUGUUGAGACGGUCUCACUAUGUUGCCCAGGUUGGUCUCAAACUCCUGGCCUCAAGGGAUCCUCCCGCCUUGGCCUUCCAAAAUGCUAGGAUUACAGGUGUGAGCCACUGCGCCUGAUCUGAACAUUUGGAUUUUAUAGUCAAGGUCUGCUGACUCUCUGUCAUUGGUCCACACUGGUUAAAAUCUGGAAUGUCUGUGUGUGGGGUACAUGAGAAGUAGCCUGAGUGGUAAAUGUUGACUGUUAUCCUGUCCCUGCACUCCAUAUGUGGUACUCACCCCUAAGCAUCAGCUUUCUGCCAAGGGCACAGGAUGUCUCUUGAUAAAUAUUAUAUGGCAGAGAAGAGUGCAGGAGAAAGGGUCUACUUUGGAUAGGAUUUUAGAGAAAGCAACUCAAAAGAGGUGUUUCAGCCUAAUGACCUGAAAGGUAAGAAGGAGCCAGAAGGCCGGGUGCAGUGGCUCACGCCUGUCAUCCCAGCACUUUGGGAGGCUGAGGUGGGUAGAUCACCUGAGGUCAGGAGUUUGAGACCAGCCUGGCCAGCAUGGUGAAACCUCGUCUCUACUAAAAAUACAAAAAUUAGCCAGGUGCGGUAGUGGGUGCCUGUAAGCCCAGCUACUCAGGAGGCUGAGGCAGGAGAAUCACUUGAACCUGGGAGGUGGAGGUUGCAGUGAGCCGAGAUUGCGCCACUGUACUCUAGCCUGGGCGACAGAGUCUCGAAAAAAAAAAAAGAAGAAGGAGAAGGAGGAGGAGGAGAAGUAGAAGGUGAAGGAGGAGGAGGAGAAGAAGGAGAAGAAGAAGAAGGAGGAGGAGGAGGAGGAGAAGGAGAAGAAAGAAGAAGAAAGAAGGAGAAGGAAAGAAAGAAAGAAGAAUCAGCCAGCCAAGUAAAGAGCUGGAGGAGGAACGUCCAGGGUUAGAAGCAUCCAGUGCAGCCAUCUGAGUGGGAAGGAGGCUGGCCUGUUCUGAGAGUGGGUUGAGGCUGGGGUGGCUGAGCAGGGGCAGCAUGAGAGGAGAUCCAUAGGUUGGUGCAGGUCCAGGUCAUGCAGGGACCCGUGAGCCCCGAUGAAGAGCUUGGGUUUUCAUUCCAAGAGCAGUGGGAAGCCCCUGGAGGCUCAGGCACAGGAGAGGUGUGACCCGAGGUACACCUAAGAAGGAUCACCGCAAAGGCAGCAUGGAGCAUGGGUCCCCUGGAGCUGGAGGGGAUGCAGGGAGGGUGGUUAGGAGGCACCGUGGUCAUCCAGGAGAGGCAAUGGCUUUGGGUUAGGUGUUGACUUCAUAUGCAGUGGAAAAUGGAAAGACUCGUGCUGUCUUCGGGGUGCAAUUGAUAUGAUUUUGCCAGUGGAUUGGAAAUGGUGCAUGAGAGAAAGCAAAGUCAAGGAUGACAUCUUCAUUUUUGGCUUAAGAAACUGGGAAGAGGAUGGUACCAUUUAAUCUGAUGCAAAAGACUGGAGCAGGGGAGCUGCAGAGGCCGGAGAUGAAGACUGUCUGGAGGAAACAAAGGUGAAUUCCUAUCUCUUACCACAAACAAGGUGAAAGUUUUAUAAAAGUCUUAACCUACAAGGGCAAAGAGAACAUAGGAGGACUUGGUGGCAGAUGAGGAUGGCCAACAUAGUUUUACAAGGCAGACAGCAGGUGGAGGAUUGUAAUUGAUGAAGCAGAGCAGGAAGCUGCACUGCACGGGAGGCCGAUGAGAAAUGAGCCACUCUGUCUAGUAGACCACUUGAGAGACUCAGGGUUUGGGGGCAGCAAGAAGGCAAGAGCGAUACUAGGGUCUAAAAACAAGUGGAGUAGGCUGGGCGCAGUGGCUCACACCUGUAAUCCUAACACUUUUGGAAGCUGAGGUGGGCGGAUCAUGAAGUCAGGAGUUUGAGACCAGCCUGGCCAACACGGUGAAACCCCAUCUCUACUAAAAAUAAUUAGCCGGGCAUGGUGGUGUGCACCUGUAGUCCAAGCUACUCAGGAGGCUGAGGCAGGAGAAUCACUUGAACCUGGGAGGGGGAGGUUGCAGUGAGCGGAGGUUGUGCCACUGUACUCCAGCCUGGGCAACAGAGUGAGACGCCGUCUCAAAACAAACAAAAACAAGUGGAGUAGUUAAGCAACCGCAUACAGAGGAGUUGGACACCCACCUCCCCUCCCAGACCCCAGCUCCUGCCCAUUCUCCGACUGCCGCAGACCAGAAGUGUAUUCAGGCCCAAGGCUUGGGGACUUGAGGGACAACAGAAGGCUAGGGAGGUGCAGAGCUGAAAAUUGGCAGAUAGAUAGAAGUCUUGAAACUUGAAGUGGAGGCUGAGUGCGGUGGCUCACACCUGUAAUCCUAGCACUUGGGAGUCUAACGUGGGGAGACUAGCCUGGGUAACAUAGCAAGACACUUGUCUCUACAAAAAAUUAGCCAGGCGUGGUGGCGCACGUCUGUAGUUCCAUCUACUUAAGAGGCUGAGGUGGGAGGAUCGCUUGAGCCUGGGAGGUCAAGCUGCAGGGAGCUAUGAUCAUACCACUGCACCCUCAGUGACAGAGUGAGACCCUGUCUCUCAAAUAAAAAUAAAAAACUUGAAGUGGAUGAAAAGAUCUAAUAUGAAAGGUGAAAAUACAAAGCUAAUGAUGUGUAAGUAUGAGAAUAGAUUUGGGACUUUAAGCUGGGGAAGGACUUCUUAAAUAUGAUUCACAAAGCACUAACCAUAGGGGAGAAUGGAUAGAUUUGUCUACAUCAAAAUAGAGGAUUUCUGUUCCACGAAGCUCCCCACAGAUAAAGUAACAGACAGAUGGGACUGACUGAAGAGAGUUGCCACACAAAACCGAAACAGGAGUUGUUUCCUGAAUAUUCAAGGGAUGUCUGCAAAUCAACAAGAAAAAGAAAAGAAACUCAAUAGAAAAAAAGAUGAGCAAAAGAUAGAAGUAGCAAUUCACAGAAGGGGCAAUAAACAUGGCCGUGGGGAGAAAGCUCUAUCAAAAUAACUUCAGAAUACUAUUGCAGUCCUAAGAUCUAUAAAAAUUGGGAAGUUGGGUAAUACGCAGUGUUAGGUUAGCAAGCAUAUUAAUAAGGGACCAUCACAAUCAUACUUACACAGGAUAUAAUGUGUGCAGGCUCUGCUCCAAGCCCCUUAUAUGUAAUAUUUUGUGUAAUUUUCCUGACAAAUCUAUGAAGCAGGUGGUUUUAUUAUUCCCAUUUUGCAGAUGAGAAAAUGGAGAUAGAGAUUUGUCUUUUUCACUCUGUCGCCCAGGCUGGUGUGCUAUAGUGCGAUCUCGGCUCACUGCAACCUCUGCCUCCUGGGUUCAAGCAAUUCUCCUGCCUCAGCCUUCCAAGUAGCUGGGAUUACAAGCAUGCAUCCUGGCUAACUUUUUGUAUUUUUAGUAGAGAUGGGGUUUCACCAUGUUGGCCAGUCUGGUCUCCAACUCCUAACCUCAGGUGAUCCCCCUGCCUUGGCCUCCCCAAGUGCUGGGAUUACAGGUAUGAGCCACCGCGUCCGGCCAAAUAGCCUUAACACCUACUAGUUUAUACAUCUUGGAUUCCAAGUCAAGCCAUCUGACUUGAGUCCAUGCUUUAAGCUGCUAAAAUAUACUGUGGUUUCAGAAAUGGUAACCUCAUGAACUGUGAGUAGGAGCAUAAAGGACUGCAGCCACUCUAGUGUGCAAUCUGGCUGUACUUAGAGACAUGAACUAUGCCUAUAUUCUAUGUUCCUGCAAACUCCUGGACAUGGACUCCACAGAAACUUGCUCAGGUCCUUAUGAGGACAUGUGGUAGCUUUGUUUGUGGCGGUGGAGAGCUGGAAGUAACCCAAGUGUCCACCACUAGGAGGUAGGUAACUAAAUCAUGGCAGAUGACUACAGUGGAUCCCCACCUUAGUGGACUAGCAGCGUAGGCAGAGUUAUGUCAUGAUGACAAACAGCCCUGAAAUCUCAAUGGCUGAACCCAAGUUUUAUUCCAGCUAACAUCAAAUUGAAUGCAAGGCAAGUGUUUCUCUAGGACAUCUCUGCUCUCUAAAGGGACUCAGCAGUCAGGCUGCACCCUGUGUGACUUGCCAUCUCAACAUGUCCCUCCUCUAUCGCCCAGGUGAGAGAGACAGGAGAGGCUUUUCACUGUCUCAGUCUCACUCUCUCAUCAGGCUGGAGUGCAGUGGCCCGAUCUCGGCUCGCUGCAACCUCUAACUCCCUGGUUCAAGCAAUUCUCCUGCCUCAGCCUCCCAAGGAGCUGGGAUUCCAGGCAUGCACCACCACUCCCAGCUAAUUUUUGUAUUUUUAGUAGAGACGGGGUUUCACCAUGUUGGCCUGGAUGGUCUCUCUCCUGACCUUGUGAUCCACCCACCCUUGCCUCCCAGAGUGCUGGGAUUACAGGCGUGAGGCACUGCGCCCGGCCUGCUUAUAUUUUUUCAUUGUCCAGAACUCAUCUCGUGGCCUUCUCUGGAGCAAAGGGGUGGCAAGUGUAGUCUGCAGUAUGUCCAGGAAAGAGGAAUGUGGAACAGGAUUUGGGAACACAUAGUACUGUUGCUGCCACCAGCAGUUACAAGCUAUGAACUGAAUGAAUCUAUACAUACAGCCAUGAAGACAUGUCUUUAAAACAUAGUUUUGAGUUUUAAAAAAAGGCAGGAAAGAAUGAGAUUAAAGGGAAACUUAUAGAAAUUAAAACACAUGCACAUAGAACAUUAUGCUGCAUGGGCUGGGUGCGGUGGCUCACGCCUGUAAUCCCAGCACUUUGGGAGGCUGAGGUGGGCGGAUCACCUGAGGUCAGGAGUUCAAGGACAUUAUGCUGCAUGUUCUUCGCGGAUCCAUCCAUAUCUAGGGACAUUUAUUAAACACAUUGAAGUGGCUAUAGCUUAUGUGUGUGGGAAGGAUGGGUGGUUAGAAUGAUAGAGGAAAUCAGGUAAAAAAAAUCAAAGAAAGGACACGUUUGAUGAUGGUGAUGAUGAUGAUGGCAGUCAUGAACUGAGGAGUGAGAUUCAUGCCACUCUCUACAUUUGAGGUUCUUCCUCCAGCCAUGUAACUCUGGCAAUGGAGUAGAAUAAGGAGGAGGGGGAAGGUGAGAACAUAGGUAGAAAGAGCUGUUGGGCAACUGUAGCAAUAAAACAGAAAAGAGAUGAACGUUUGCACAUAGGCAGGGGCAGCAGGAAUGCAGAAGGGCAGGUGUCAGAGAGCGUCCACGUGGUAGGACCCACAGGACCAGGUGGCUGAAUGCAGAGGCUGAGGCUGAGCAGGGCGGCCAGUAUGGCUCCUGUGUUCUGAUGGCGUGUAGUGGCGUGACCAGCCAGGGUCUGGAAGAAAGAGGAGGAAUGAGUAUUGGAAUCAGAGGCAUCAGAUAACGAUGUGGGAUUCUUUAAGAUAUCGGUUGAGUCAAAUGAGUGUCUAGAGAAACUGGAGCCAAAGGGGCUCAGGAGGGUCCAAGAAGCAGUUAAGAGUACCAUGAUAGAAGUGCCAGGGGUCAAGUCAGGGAGGUAAGGUAAUAUGGUUUCGCUGUGUCCCCAUCCAAAUCUCAUCUUGAACUGUAGCUCUUGCAAUUCCUACAUGUCACUGGAGGGACCCAGUGGGAGGCAAUUGAACAGUCUUUUCCAUGCUGUUCUCAUAAUAGUGAAUAAGUUUCACCAGAUCUGAUGGUUUUAUAAAGAAGAGUUCCCAAGCACAAGUUCUCUCUUGUCUUCCGCCAUGUAAGACGUGCCUUCUGCCAUGAUUGUGAGGCCUCCCCAGGCACUUAAACUGUGAGUCCAUUAAUCCUCUUUUUCUUUAUAAAUUACCCAGUCUUGGGUGUGUCUUUAUCAGCAGUGUGAAAACGGACUAAUACAUAAGGGCUCAGAAGGGCCAACUGGAUGGGCAAAGAAGCCAUUGGUGACUUUAGUGAGAGCGACUUUAGUGGAAUGGUGGGGGGGCAAAAGCCAGAUUGCAGAUGAUUAAGGAAACAGCUGGAAGACAAGGAAGGCAACAGACAUAGAUUAGCCAUUUGCUGAAGGUUAACUGGGAAAAGAAGGAUGGAGGAAGGCUACAGUGGGGGCUGCAGAGUGCAGAUGUGCAUGUGUAAUAUGGGAGGGAGCUGAGGGUUUAUAUGCUGAGGGGUAAAAGGUGGGGAUGGAGUCAGGAUUGAAAAUGAGGAAGAGAGGCCAGGUGCAGUAGCUCACGCCUGUAAUCUCAGCACUUUGGGAGGCCGAGGCGGGCAGAUGACAAGGUCAGGGGUUUGAGACCAGCCUGACCAACAUGGUGAAACCCCAUCUCUACUAAAAAUACAAAAAUUAGCCAGGUGUGGUGGCACACGCCUAUAGUCCUAGCUACUCAGGAGGCUGAGGUGGGAGAAUCACUUGAACCUGGGAGGUGGAGGUUGCAGUGAGCCAAGAUCAUGCCAUUGCACUCCAGUCUGGGUGACAGAGCGAGACUCCGUCUCAAAAAAAAAAAAAAAAAAAAAAAAGAAAAUGAGGAAGAGGCCAGACACGGGGGCUCACACCUGUAAUCUCAGCACUUUGGGAGGCCGAGGCAGGCAGAUCACUUGAAGUCAGGAGUUUGAGACCAGCCUGGCCAACAUGGUGAAACCUUGUCUCUACUAAAAAUACAAAAAUUAGCUGGGCAUGGUGGCAGGCACCUAUAAUCCCAGCUACUCGAGAGGCUGAGGCAGGAGAAUCGCUUGAACCUAGGAGGCAAAGGUUUUAGUGAGCCGAGAUCACGCCACUGCACUCCAGCCUGGGUGACAGAGCAAGACUUGGUCUAAAAAAAAAAAAAAAAAGAAAACAAAGAAAAUGAGGAAGAGAGGGGCUCUACAUGAACCAAGCAAGGAUCCUAGCUGGUUAUUUUGAUUAAAAGAUGACUCAAAUGAUGUUAACACUGAUCAGACUUUAGCACGAGAGCUGCAGAGAAUGAAGACACUAUGAUGAGAAUAUAUUUGGGGUUUGAGCUGGGAAAAGACUUCUUAAAUAUGAUCCAGAAAGUACUGGCCAUAAGGAAAAAAUGUUAACAGAUUUGUCUGCACCAAAAUCUACCAAGAGAGUCCUUUCAACUAGAACUGCCGUCACCACAAUGAUGAACAUGGGGAAAGAGGAGAGGUACCUGCUGUAUAUUCUCAGGCCUUUUAGAACACAUGGAGUUGUUCCUCUGGCCACAUCCACACGAACCUACAAGAAAGGAUAUGUUAUAGACGUCAAGAGAUGCCCCACGGAUGUUACCAAGGCAAAAGGAAUGCCCCACAGAUGUUACCAAGGCAAAAGAGGAAGAGACUACCUGUAUCUAGUAUGCUGUUGGCAUGGUUGGAAACAAACAACGGCAUGAUUCUUGCCAAGAGAAUUCAUGUGUGUGUAUGGAGCAUACCAAGCACUCCAAGAGCUGGGAAGGCCUUCAGAAACACGUGAGGGAAAAUGAUCAAAAGAGAAGGAAACGGCCAGGCACGGUGGCUCACGCCUGUAAUCCCAGCACUUUGGGAGGCUGAGGCGGGCAGAUCACCUGAGGUCAGGAGUUUGAGACCAGCCUAGCCCACAUGGUGAAACCCCGUCUCUACUAAAAAUAUAAAACUUAGCCGGGCAUGGUGGCGUGUGCCUGUAGUCCCAGCUACUUGGGAGGCUAAGGCAGGAGAAUCUCUAGAACCUGGGAGGCGAAGGUUGCAGUGAGCCAAGACUGCACCACUGCACUCCAGCUUGGGCGACGGAGGGAGACUCCAUCUCAGGAAAAAAAAAAAAGAGAAGGAAGCCAGAGAGUACCUGGGUUCAACUGAAGUGCCAGCCUGCUCCAGCCAGAGAAGCACAAUUUGUGAGAACAGGGAAAACGAACCCAAGCUGCUGGAACCCAAUCCUCUUGAAUUAAUGGCUUCAUAGGUAUUAAAAAAAAAAAAAAAAAAAAAGGCCAAGCGUGGUGGCUCACACCUGUAAUCCCAGCAUUUUGGGAGGCCAAAGCAGGAGGAUCACUUGAGCCCAGGAGUUCAAGACCAGCCUGGGCAACAUAGGGAGACUCAUCUCUAUGAAAAAUAAAUAAAUAAAUGAUUUAAAAAUGGCACAAAAAACAAACCAGACCCCUGGACUGUUAAAAAAAAACGAUUGUUCUACAUCAAAAUAAAUGUUCUCUAACUUUCAUGUGGGCAGGAACCAUAUGGAGACCAUCUUAAAAACACAGAUCCCCAGAGAUUGUAACACAGUAGGUCUGGGGUUGGGCCCAGAAACCUGAAUUUUUAUUAUUUUUUUGAGACAGGGUCUCUGUCGCCCAGGCUGGAGUGCAGUGGUACAAUCUCAGCUCACUGCAACCUCUGCCUCCCAGGUUCAAUAGAUUCUCCUGGCCUCAGCCUCCCGAGUAGCUGGGACUACAGGUGUGCACCACCACACCCGGCAAAAUUUUGUACUUUUUGGUAGAUACUGGCUUUCACUGUGUUGGCCAGGCUGGUUUUGAACUCCUGGCCUCAAGUGAUCUGCCCGCCUUGGCCUCCCAGAGAGCUGGGAUUACAGGCGUGAACCACCACACCUGGCCAGAAACGUGAAUUUUUAACAAGCAUCAUAGUGAAUUCUUCUGUCAUUGGUUCUAUGUUUUGAAUAACUGCUAGAGAACGGCCAGCUGAGGUCCUAGUAAGUGAGAACAAAUCAGUCAACCAGCCAAUCAGCACCACUCGCUUCUGCAAAAGUCCCAAGCAUUUGACAAAGAUUUGUCACCUACAACUAUCUGCCACUGUGUGAAGAGGGCUACUUUAAAUGAACCCAAGUCUUGGUAAGUUUUCUUGAGAAAAACAGAAACAGGUACAAAAUGAAAACAACUGGGGAUUAAGUAACAGUCAUGAAGGCAGUGAUCAUUUAAAUAGGACUGGAAAGGGUGGGCUUGGAGCCAGGUUGCACAGGUUUGCAAAAGCCAAUUGUUAAAUUUUCAGAAAUUUUGUGAGCUGGAGGCUAAACAAAACCAUUGUUAAAAAUUAAAUUGGGCCGGGCGCGGUGGCUCACGCCUGUAAUCCCAGCACUUUGGGAGGCCGAGGCGGGCGGAUCACGAGGUCAGGAGAUCGAGACCAUCCUGGCUAACACGGUGAAACCCCAUCUCUACUAAAAAUACAAAAAAUUAGCCGGGCGAGGUGGCAGGCACCUGUAGUCCCAGCUAGUCGAGAGGCUGAGGCAGGAGAAUGGCGUGAACCCCAGGGGGUGGAGCCUGCAGUGAGCCGAGAUCGCGCCACUGCACUCCAGCCUGGGCGACACAGCGAGACUCCAUCUCAAAAAAAAAAAAAAAAGAAAAUUAAAUUGGAUAAACUUACAAUUAAAUAGAUUACAUUAAGAAAAGAUUUUUAAAACUCUCAACACAUUGCAUUCUCAUUUCUUUUCUUUUUCUUUUCUUUCUUUUUUUUUUUUUUUUGACAUGGAGUCCCGCUCUGUUGCCCAGGCUGGAGUGCAGUGGCAUGAUCUCGGCUCACUGCACCCUCUGCCUCCUGGGUUCAAGCAAUUCUCCUGCCUCAGCCUCCGAAGUAGCUGGGAUUACAGGCACCCACCACCUUGCCCGGCUAAUUUUUUGUAUUUUUAGUAGAGAUAGGGUUUCCCCAUGUUGGCCAGGCUGGUCUCAAACUCCUGACCUUAGGUGAUCUGCCCGCCUUGGCCUCCCGAGGCCAGGUGUGAGCCAUUGCACCCGGCCCUAAUUUCUUUACUACAUUUUACUAUCAGGUGUGCUCCUCAGGUUAUUUUUGUCUAUCUUAUCUGUAAGGUGGAAAUACUAUGUAGCACUGUGCUCCUGCGCGUCCAACUCAGGUUGUUGGCUUGAAACCAGGCACCGUGGAAGUAUUUAUACCAGUGAAAUUGGGAAAGGCUUACAAAUCAAUGCUCCUCAUCCCUUUUUUGGAGAACUGAUUGUUACAUGUUUACCAGAACACCACUGACCAUGGUCCUUAAAGUAAUUAGGAGGCUGCACACAGUGGCUCAUGCCUGUAAUCCCAGCACUUUGGAAGGCCGAGGCAGGAGGAUUGCUUGAGCCCAGGAGUUCAAGACCAGCCUGGGCAAGAAGGUGAGACCUGUCUCUAUAAAAAAGUUAAAAAUUACCUGGGCGUGGUGGCUCGUGCCUGCCCUCUCAGCUACUCAGGAGGCUGAGGCAGGAGGAUCGCUUGAGCCCAGGACGUUGAGGUUGCAGUGAGCUGUGAUCGCAUCGCUGCACUCCAGUGUGAGAGACAGAGCAAGACCCAGUCUCGAUGAAAAAAAAAAAUUAGAAGAGUAAUACCAGCAGUAAGGAAAAUCGAAGCACAUACUAUCUGCUUGUAUUAAUGUAUUCAUCCCCCAGCAGCAGUGUGCAAGAGGACGGUAAGGGUGGAGGUGUGGAUGCUUAACCCAGUCUUUUUGCACCCAUAACUUCUUCAAGUUCCUUCAAAAUUUUGCCUGGGUGGCUUCAGCUGAAAGCAGAAAUGGCAGGAAGUAAUUGGGGGAGAUUCCCAAAUCUAUGCCCAACUGGGAAUCAAAUUUUUCUCUUGCCAAGAGAUGAAAUGAGCUGAAUGAAUGACGCCAUCUAGUGUCGAAGAACAGGUUGGCUCCAAAGAGCAAUGAUUAGCAAAAGAUUUCUCUUGAUUUGGGCCCUAGAAACAUGACUUCCAUAAUUUCUUCUUCCUUUCUUUUCACAUAUUUUCUUUCCUCACUUCCAUAUCUAUACUGAGUCAAUUCUUAAUUAUUCCCCCAAUAAAAACAGCCUUUACUUUUUUUUUUUUGAGAUGGAGUCUUGCUCUGUUACCCAGGCUGGAGUGCAGUGGCACGAUCUCCAGCUCACUGCAACCUCCGCCUCCCGGGUUCAGGCAAUUCUCCUGCCUCAGCCUCCCGAGUAGCUGGGAUUACAGGCUCCCAUCACCAUGCCCAGCUAAUUGUUGUAUUUUUAGUAGAGAUGGUGUUUCUCCAUAUUGGCCAGGCUGGUCUCGAACUCCUAACCGUGUGAUCCGCCCGCCUCGGCCUCCCAAUUACAGGUGUGAGCCACUGUGCCUGGCCAAAAAACAGGCUUUAGUUUUUAAAAAAAGAUCUCAAUUUUGCACUGCUACCAGGCAAAAAUCGGUAAUGCCAAGAGUUGAAUGGCACAGGAAUGUACACAGGUAUUAUGUGUAAUAAUUUGCAAUACAUUUGCUUAUGGAAGUUGUAAACAUUUUCUCUUGUGGGCCAUAUAAAUCAAAUGUUUCUCUGCCUUCCUACAUGUCCUGUAUCCACCCCAUUUUCCCAGACAGGGCAGAUGAAAGUGGUUUUGUUAGCAUGUUAUAGUCUAACAAACAAUCCUAACUCAUUCUCAAGUUUUAUUCUGCUUAAUGGAAAAUGGUAGAAGAAAAAGCCUUUGCAUAACUACCCAGUGAAUGGGAGAUUUCAUUCUUUUCCAUAAGUUGAGGCCUAUUUCCUGUUUUCUUUUUCAUUUUUUUUGAGAAAACUAACCCUUCAUUGAGAUAUUUUUAAGUCGAAUAUCUAGUAUAAAAAGUUUGCAUUGUUUCAGCUUGUUUUCAUUUAAACCUGUGGUUGUCUUUCAUCUGCUUCUGGCAUUUUUUUUUUUUUUUUUUUUUUUGAGACAGAGUCUCACUCUGUUGCCCAGGCUGGAGUGCAGUGGCACAAUCUCGGCUCACUGCAACUUCCACAUCCCCAGUUCAAGCGAUUCUCCUGCCUCAACCUCCCAAGUAGCUGGGAUUACAGGUGCACACCACCACGCCCAGCUAAUUUUUGUAUUUUUAGUAGAGAUGGGGUUUUACCAUGUUGGCCAGGCUGGUCUUGAACUCCUGACCUCAAGUAAUCCACCAGCCUCGACCUCCCAAAGUGCUAGGAUUACAGGCAUGAGCCACCACACUCCGCCUACUUCUCCAUUGAAGUGCUCUAGUUUUGGUAAAAUCUUCUCCUUGACUUCAGGACCCUCUCCACAUUUAUCCCCAGUCUAUAACUCGCAUAUUUCGUGUUUUCAAACAGAAAACCGUAAUUCAGGAGUGAACAGCAUCCUCUGUAAGGUGUCACAGGAGCAGCCUGAAAUCCAUUAGGCAGUCAUUCUGAAGCUGUGGUGAAAUCGAAGGGAAGCUAAUGUUGCAGCUAGGAAGAUGAGAUCCAGGCUGAGGAUCACACUUUUUCCAGAAUAGUUUUUCAGUGUUUCCAAAGCCAGCAAAAGCCGUUUAGAAGUCUCAUCUCCAGAACGCCAGAAUACACAAAUGUAAGGCUUUAUUUUAGGGGUGGGCCCUGGGUUUUGCAGUCAAGUCAGCCGCUAUUUGUAUGAGCAAGACUUCAUCGGUAGCACUACUGGGCUCCCCCUCUUCUACAUGAUGGCAGCAAUUUGGCCUUAGAAAAUAUGCCUAAGUGACUCCACAGGCUAUAAGCUAUUUUCUUCAUAAGUAGAAAUGGAAGAUUUCUGUUAGGAAGGUAGAAGUCAGUUUUGUCCGUAUGUGGGCCAAACUAUUAAAAAUAAUAAGGCCUGGGGAUUCCCAUGUUCUUAGAUGCUCAAUAAACAUUUCAGUUCAUCAAACUAUGACCAACUUACAAGGCUGUGGCAUUGUGCUAGUUCACUGGACCCUGGGAAAGUCUUUUAAAUCCAAAUGAUACUUUUUGUUUUUUAAAGAGACAGGAUUUUGCUCUGUUGCCGAGGCUGGAGUGCAGUGGCAUGUGAUCACAGCUCACUGUAACCUUGAGCUCCUGGGCUCCAGUGUCCUACCUCAGCCUCUUGAGUAGCUAGGACUAAGGCACAUCCCACCACACCCAGGCAAUUUUAGAAUUUUUUGUAGAUGGCUCUUACUAUGUUGUUCAGGCUGGUCUCUUACUCCUGGCCUCAAGUGAUCCUCCUGCCUCAGCCUCCCAGUGUUGGGACUACAAGCACCAGCCACUGCCCCCAACCCUGCAUUAUGUUCUUAAAGGCAGACCUGAAUCCUGUGCGGUGUCAAUUCAGGUGUGCACUGGCCCCUGAGCCUUACAUACAGGACCCGUUCCUUAGGAUGUUGCGUUCCCUUGCUUAGAGCCUCAGCACCAUGGCACCUGGCUCUCCCCCGAUGCCUGGGUCUUGCUCUUGCCCAUUUCCUAGCCAGGGUUUGUGGUCCAGGCAACCUGUCACAUCAGUGUGUUCCAAACAUGGCACCCAAAUCUCAAAAGCUGCUUCAACGCUCCCAUGGUUUGGGAUACACCUCAAGUUUUAACUUACGUACUUCAAGUUUCUUUUAUUCAAUUAGAUACAACCGUCUGACUUUUGGCUUCUGAAACAGGAAAGUCAAUUUUGUUGUUUUCACUGUACCAUGCUUUUUUAUCUCAGAAUCUUGAUGAACUCUGAAAUGACCCCUGAUGGGGGCAUGCCUCUAUUUAUGCUGAAUAAGAGCCAUUUUACAUUUUACUACAGGUUGAGUGCCCCUAAUCCAAAAAUUUGAAAUGCUCCAAAAUCUGAAACUUUUUGAGCACUUACAUGGUAAUGAAAGGAAAUGCUCAUUGGAACAUUUCCGAUUAGGCAUGCUCAGCCGUUAAGCAUAAUGCAAAUAUUAAAAAAAAAAAUUUCCUAAAUCUUUUAAUACUUCUGGUUCCAAGCAUUUCAGAUAAGGGAUACUCAAGCUCUACCUAUUCCCAAAUUCCCACUAACUAGCUCUUUAGCAGGUCUAUGGAAUAAAAAUUGAUGCUUCUGAUUACUUUAAGGCAUUAUAACCUCAUGAAGUGGUUUCUGAGAUGCAACUGAGUUUUUGUGCUAUUUUAUUGUAUUCUUAUAUCUUUGAAGAUGAAUAAUCCACGUAGUGCAUUUGAGAGGUUCUACCUGUUCAAGAGAGGAAAUUUAAUAUCCGUGACUACUGUAUGUCAAAUGAUUUAGUGCCUUAUUUAAUUUGUUCCUCUAGGAGUCCUGUGCACUUAUCUUGGGGGAAACAUUGUUCCAUUCUUAGUAACAUGCCUGUUUGGCCUGUGGUCUGAGGUACUUACAACUGCUGCAGUGUGGUAAAUGUGUCCCUUUUGAAACACUGUUCUGGGGACUUCAGAGAUGACUGACUGCAACCUACCACCUCAUAAAUGAGGGAUCUGAGGUACAAACUGGAACCCGGGUCUUCUGGGCUCAGAGAACUCUCCUCACUACAGCAGACUGCCUGUUUCCAUUUAGGGGAAUGAGAUGCUCUUUCAUAAAUGAUACCAAGUCCAAGAGAACCCCUUAAGGCAGCUCCAAUCGAAGACUGUCUUGGCUGCUUCUGGAAACUACAGAUCACUACUCCCGAAGUCAAAAACGACUAGAACACAGCUUAAAAAUCAAGCCAUUUAAUUGUAUCUUUGAAGGUAAACAAUAUAUGGAGCUGGAUCACAACCCCUGAGGAUGCCAGAGCUAUGGGUCCAAAACAUGGUGUGGUAUUAUCAACAGAGUUCAGAAGGGUCUGAACUCUACGUGUUACCAGAGAACAUAAUGCAAUUCAUGCAUUCCACUUAGCAAUUUUGUAAAAUACCAGAAACAGACCCCAAGAGUCUUUCAAGAUGAGGAAAAUUCAACUCCUGGUUUUAGAGAUAAACGAAUGAAGAGUACCAAAACGUUUGUUGACUUCUCUUCAUUUUUCUCACACAAUCUGAAGCCUGAGCUGACUAUCAUAUCCCCAACUCACAGCAGCGAAAGCUGCAGUUCAGGUUUGAGAUCAGUCUCCAUUCACUUCCACGUAGCACCACAGCAAGAGUGACCGGAGACAGAGAGCUCUUGUUGGGUCAGCUUUCUAAUAAACACGUCAAGUGAAAAAGAACCCUCUAGCAGCACACUGAUUUAGUUUGUAAGAUUUUAAUUUACAAAUUUAAAAAGCUAUUUAAUACAUGUUUUACUUUUUCUCCUUUUUCUCCUCUUUCUUUACAUCACUCUUUUCCUUAUCUUUAUCUUUCUCCUUGUCCUCUUUCCUAUCCUUUUUGCUCUCUUCUUUCUCCUGCCCUUCUUUCUUCUCUGCAUCCCGGUUGGCAAUCUUGUUGUUGAUGAGGUUGUGCAGGGCGACCACAGAACGGAUCAGCGAGGCCAAGUACACUACCACCAUCUGGUCAUUGGUCUUCAGGUAAAAGGCCUUGACGAACUCCUGCAGGCUGACGUCUGGCAGCAGGUUGAAGACGUCCUGCAGCUGGUAGAUGAUCUGGUGGUUGAUGGGCAGCUUGCCUGUGGCGACUUUUUCCAGGUAGCUCCUGAUAUCCAGAAGCUUGGAGUUCAGUCCCUUCAAACCAUGGACCUGGUUUGUGAUCCGCUGGGACAGAGUGCCCACCGUCGUGUCUUUGAUAUCUCUGUAAUAACCCACAGUUAAAAAGGGCAGGAAAAGGCAUCAGGGUACCAUGUUAUCAGGCAAGUUCUUACAUUCUAAGAAAAUUCCUAGCUUUGUUGGGUAAGGCAAGUUUUUAAAAGAAAAAUGUCACUUCCCCAUUUGAUAAAGAUUUCGUUAUCAAUUA